AUGGCAGCCACUCCUUUUAGCCCAACAUCCCAUCACCAAUCUCGCUCAAACAGCUUGCCAACUAGACCACACCCUCUUAUUCUACUAUGCAAUCAACACUUGGGCAGUUUAGAGGCUUCAGAUGAAACUUCCUCUUCAUCAUUAUUGUUCAGCCACAAACUAACUGGUCUGCAGACUUUGCAUGAUUGUGUUGAAAAGUUGGUUCUACUACCCCUUACUCAAGAAGUCCUGGUCCAAGAACGUCAAGAGAAAUGGGUAGAUGAGCUUUUGGAUGGAUCUCUAAGGCUCUUAGAUGUUUGUACUGUAGCAAAGGAUGCUCUACUGCAUACAAAGGAAUGUGCACGUGAACUUCAAUCAAUCAUAAGAAGAAAAAGGGGUGGUGAAGUGGAGGUGACAGCAGAGGUUAGGAAAUUCCUGGCCUCUAGGAAGGUAGUAAAAAAGGCAAUCCUCAAAGCCUUGGAGAAUUUGAAGGUGACUGUGAAGAAAGGAAAAUUCUCUCCAAGAAACAAGGACCACCAGAUGGUGACCUUGGUUAGCCUGUUAAAAGAUGUGGAAGUAAUCACUCUUUCUAUUUUGGAGUCACUGCUGAAAUUCAUCUCUGGACCAGCACAAUCAAAACCAAGUAAUUGGUCUUUGGUUUCCAAGCUAAUGCUCAACAAAAAAGUUUCUUGCACACAAGAAGCAUAUCAGAAUGAAUUUUCCAAAGUAGAUGCUGCAUUGCAGUCGUUUGUAUUUCGCAUGACAACAAAGUCAGACAACAUCAAUCAUUUUCAGAACCAAUUAGAAAACUUGGAGUCGGUCAUUCAGGACUUUGUGGAAGGACUUGAAACUCUUUUUAAACGAUUUAUCAAAAUUAGAGUUUCCCUUCUCAACAUCCUCAAUCACUAG